AUCAGACACCAGUGCGACGGGGGGUGGGCUGACAUCGGUUAUAUAACGGCUGCACUGCUCGCCCUCCUCUCAGAAGCGCGGCGGCGCGUUCCGGUGUUUUGCCUGCGAUAUUUUUCUGCUAAAACUCCCUUAGAAAUGGACGCGGACGUCGAAGCCGCUCCCCGCGACGUGGAGCUUUCCGCCUUAGAAGCCGAAAAACAGCCCAUGGCCUCCCCGGAGAGCGGCGCGGCCGGCCCGGAGAAGAACGGCUUGGUGAAGGCCGCUGGGACCGGCGAGGCGGCGGGGCCGAAGUUCACUGGGCUGGGCAAGGAGGAGCUGCUCCGGGCGGCCGCGGCGCCGGGUUGGACCCGGGCUCGGGCGGCGCUGCUGGCGGCGUUCUGGUUGGGAUGGCUGGGGAUGCUGGGAGCCGCCGUCGCCAUUGUGGCCCGCGCCCCGCGGUGUCACGUGACCGGAAGCGCCGAGUGGUGGAGGAGCGGCGGCCUUUACAGGGCGCCCCCGGAAGUCUUCGGGGGGAAACUGCAGGAAGUCCGUGACCACCUGGACUACGUGGCAUCCCUGGCGGGGGGGCUGCUGUUGGGCCCCCUCCCCCACCACAGCACUGCAGAUCCCCCCCUGGAGGAGUGGCCCCCCCAGUUGGGCAGUGAGGAGGAAUUGAGGGGGGUCCUGAAGACAGCAAAGGAGCAUGGGCUGCAGGUGUUGGUGGAGCUGAACCACAGCGCAGUGCGGAACCACUUCUCAAAUGGCCCAACCCGCAGCAAUGGCAGCAGUGCCAUAAAGCAAGCGAUCGGGGCCUGGCUGCAGCGUGGCUUUGAUGGAGUCUUCCUGGAUGGCAUCGAGGAGCUGGAGGAUUCAGUGUUGGCUGAGUUCCGGAACAUCACAGAGCAGUGGAGCACUGAUGAGACUCCCAGGUUGUUGGUGGGGGGCACACGCCUGCGGGACCCCUCCUCAUUGCAGGAUCUGCUGAAUUCCACGAAGGUCUCCCUGGUUUUGGGGGUGCUGCCCCUGGGACCCCCCCUGGAUUCCCAAAAUGGCCAAACGGUGUUGGAUCCCACCCACGUGGCACAGCUGCUGCAGCUCAGCCAAGGGGGGGUCCCUGUGGUGUGGAGUGUGGGCACCCCUUGGAAGCACCUGGUGGGGCUGAGCCCCCCCCUGGCCCCCCAAGUGCUGCUGCUGCUGUGGGGAGGGCUGCCCAACGCCCCCACCCUCAACUAUGGAGAUGAAGUGGGACUGAUGGACCCCCAGGGGGCGGGGUCUGAUCAGCUGACCCCGAUGCCGUGGACGGAAUUAAAGGCACUGCAAGAAGGCGGGAACAGCAGCCAGGCACAGUUGCUGUCACUGAGCCGCCGCCUCCGGGCAAUGCGGAAGAAGGAGAAGACCUUGGCAGUGGGCGGAGCCCAGGUGUUGUGGGCGGGGCCUGAUAGGGGCGUGGCCGUGCUGAGGGGGGCAGGGGCCGGGGAGCGCUUCCUGCUCCUGCUCAACCCGGGGGCAGAGUCCUUGCACCCCUUCCGGCCCCGAUCGGAAGUGGCCACGCCCACCACUGGCCCCACCCCGCCCCCUCUGCCCCCCCGCGCUCGCUUAGUGCUAAGCACACACGGAUCCCCUCCCCCUGGCACCGAGACCCCCGUGGAGAUGGCGGAGCUGCAGCUGCAGCCCUACGAGGGGCUCCUUCUGCGUCUGCCCCCUCAGUAGGGACCCCCGCUCCAUGGGUUCCCAUUGUGCCUCUGCCCCAUAGGGGUACUGCAGUGCCCCCCCCUGCCCCCAGCAUUCCACUCCAGACACUACACCAAUGUUCUUCGGGGACCCCCAGUUGUGAGGAGCCCAACACCACGACAUCCUCCCCCCCUUACCCACCAUGGGCUCCCACUUUCUGCCCCAUGGGAACCCCUUCUUGGGGCCUCUCUUGUGCCCCACUGUCCCUGUGUGCUGCAUUGUGGCUACCCAUACCCUUCCUCCCCCCCAAGUCCCCUUAGGGACCCUUCCCAUUGUCACCCCAUCCCAUCAGGGUCCCCCCCUCAAAUUCUCGAUCUCUCCUUAGAGGCCCCCAAUGGGAUUCAUCCUACUCAGAACUCUCCCCCAAUCUUUCUCCUGGUGCCCCAUAACCCCCGUUCUUCCCCCACUUACCCAAUUUUGGGGCAAAUAAAAGUUUACUCCUGGUGCUGCA